AAUACGUGACAGUUUGAUAAAAAAUACUAUUUACGUGAUAUUUGAAUAAAAAAUUUGGCAAAAGAUGACAUUUUGAUCCGCCAUCUAAUCCCAUCUACACUUUUAUUAUAAAAACAAAAACUCAUAUUGUGAGGUGUGACAAAACACAUAUAAAUAGCACUACUGCUUGCAUAGGUUCCCGUAAGAAUAUCAAGCGGAAGAAAGUUCUCUUCCAAGACCAAGAUAACAAUACUCCAGAGGGUGUGUCUCACAAAAAAACAAAAAGAAAGAAAGAAAAAGAAAAUGGUUCAACAGGAAAUCCGAAGAGGUCCCUGGACAGAACAGGAGGACUUCAAAUUGGUGUAUUUUGUUGGCAUGUUUGGAGACCGUAGAUGGGAAUUUAUAGCUAAGGUUUCAGGUUUGAAUAGAACAGGUAAGAGUUGCAGGUUACGGUGGGUUAAUUACCUCCAUCCUGAUCUCAAACGAGGGAAGCUGACACCCCAAGAAGAACACCUUGUCAUUGAGCUUCACUCCAAAUGGGGAAAUAGAUGGUCAAGAAUUGCUCGCAAACUACCAGGGCGCACUGAUAAUGAGAUUAAGAAUUACUGGAGGACUCACUUGAGGAAGAAAAAGGCACAGGAGAAAAAACAUGCACCAGUUCAAUCACCAACAUCUUCUAGUUGUCAAUCCUCUUUAACCUCAAACAAUCAUGCUGUGGAUUCACAUGCUUCCAAAAAGGGUGGACAAGAAAGCUUUUAUGACACAGACCAAGAUGCUGAACAGGGUUACUCUAUGGAUGAUAUAUGGAAUGAUAUUGCUAUGUCAGAAGAGAACAUUAAUAUGCAACAAGUCUAUGAUGGGCAGAGUGAGGAGUGUUGCAAAUUCUCUUGUCCUCCAAUUCAUUCUCCAUCACUAGAUUAUUCUUCAGACCCGCUAUGGGUGAUGGAUGAAGAAGAAAGAAAGAUGUUAUUCCCUAUUAUAUGUGACCAAUAUUUUUCAUGCUAUCAACAAGGCACCGCAACUCUAACAGGUUAAUUAAUCAGGAUUCUUUUUUCAAUUAUCAAUAUUUUGUUCAUAUUCGUGUGCCACUGUCAUCAGAAAGCCUAACCUGUGUAGCAUAAGCUUUCAGCAUGGUUCUCCAAUAGUGUGAAACAGCUGUAAUCGAUGUCGAACGUAACUAUAGUUGUGUCAAUGUUUUGUGUGCUUUUAGUUUCAAGAAACGUCCAAAAGGGAGGUGGUAUGUUUUGAAUGUAAAAUAUCAAUUGCACUUGUUCAAGUUUUAUGUGAUUCGGAUAUGUAUCAAUAUGGCGCUUUAAUUUUAUAUUA